AUGGCCAGUAUCGCGGCUGUGAACGAAGGAAACCUUCCAUCUUGUGGUCAAUUCGUUCUAAAUGCUUUCCUAGCGGCAACAAUUAGAUUCGGUGACAGGAAAAUCCUUCGCACUUACGGAAUACAUUCAAAGGAGCGAGCAUUCGAUUUUUUCUACUCGAAUGCAAAGGUUAGGGCUGAUUCCCAUACUUCAACAUCACAACUAAUCAAUGCGCAGUCUCUUUUCCCUCCACAGAUGAACGAAAGGUCUUAUAAAACAAUACAAGGACUGCUUUUAAUGGGCUAUUGCGAGACGAAUUCUUCACAAGAGACCUUUUUCUGGUUAGGCAUGGCACAUGCUGUUGCGGUUUCACUCCGGUUAGACAACGAAUCAACCAACAUCCCCCAGCCGGAGAGAGGGCUUCGAAAAAGGCUAUGGUGGUGCCUCUUUAGCCAACUUACGCUGUUGGAAUUCACGACAGGGAGCGCACCAUAUAUUCAGAUGCAGCAUGCUACGGUCUGUGUCUUAAAUGAUGAAGAUUUUGAACACAUAAUUCCCUGUGUGCUGUUAGAAGAUGUGAGAAAAUUUGCCAAUCAUCACAAUGGUCGUGGGCCUCUCGGUAUCGGAAGUCAGUUUUUAAAUUUGUUGGACUUUUUUCAAACACAGCAAGGGUUUUCAAGUGCCAAGUUUAGCAAAAAUUUGGGUAUUAGGUGGGGAAUCAAGGCUCCUCCCCACAGGACCCACGGCGCGUGCAAUCAUACGGAAUCCGGCAGAGACAGUCUGUUAGCGGAGAGCCUCGAGACAGAAAUACAGAGUUGCACAUUUGUACCGCCAGAAGAUGAUCCAGAAAAUGCGGAUCUGCUUUACGGCAUGGAACAAAAGCUGUUUGACUCAAUCUUUGCAUCAGGGGAAAAUAUCUCAAAGAACGAAAGAUUGGAUUUAUACCAGCCUCAAGAUUAUUUUGGCGAUAGCGGGCCAGCGAAUGAGGUACUGUAA